AUGCGUCCAUUUAAAAGUUCUUUAAAAGAAUAUGGUGUAUUAUGUACAUCAGAUAAAUGGGCCUGUUCCGUUGAGCAAUGUUUUAGCCCGGCCCAACCAAUCCGAUCCAUAUGCAUGAAAAUACCAAACAGACAGGAUCAAAAAAACUAAAAAAGGUUAAACGAAAAAAAGAAUAAAAAAGAAAAAAGGGAAUAAAAAAAAAAGUUAAGUUCCCUCGCAAAGUUCCCGCGCACUGAACCUAAAUUGCCGAUUAGCCGCUGAGUUUCCCUCUUCAGUCUUCACUCCGUUCUCACUUCCCCAAAAUCCCCACCCCCCGCCGAAAAAAAAAACACUAGAAGAAAAGAAAAAAAGGUGAUGGUGGCCGUUUUACCGUUGGAAACUGCCAUGAACGCUCGCGACGCUACUCUUUUCGCCACCGCAACCCUCUUUGGCGCCGUUACCUCUGCACUUGCUUUCCGCUUCUUCUACCGCUCCCGAAACCAUCCCCAAACCCAAAACGGAACCGUUUCCAAUCACCGCCAUUCACGUGGUGACCCUUACGAUCCUUCCAAGCGCAAGCAGUACUUGUCGUGGGAUGAUUAUUUCAUGGCGAUUGCGUUUUUGUCUGCUGAAAGAUCCAAGGACCCUAACAGGCAGGUAGGGGCAUGCUUGGUGAGUCAGGAUGACAUAAUUCUUGGCAUUGGCUAUAAUGGAUUCCCAAGAGGUUGUUCCGAUGACAAGCUACCAUGGGCAAAGAAAUCCAGGAGUGGGAAUCCUUUAGAGACAAAAUACCCCUAUGUUUGUCAUGCGGAAGUAAAUGCUAUUCUUAACACAAAUCACGCCUCUGCUGCUGGACAACGGCUUUAUGUGACCAUGUUUCCCUGCAAUGAAUGUGCCAAGAUCAUAAUCCAGUCAGGAGUUUCUGAAGUGGUUUAUUUUGUGGAGAAGUUAGAAAGUUCUGAUAUUGCAUAUACUGCUUCUCACAAGCUACUAUCAUUGGCUGGUGUUAAGGUCAGGAAACAUCAACCACUUAUGAACGAAAUUCAUCUUAAGUUUGAGGAACGCUAGGUUUCGAAGAUUGACACAAAUUUAAGGUGGUCUUAGUAUCUUCUGAGUUACUGGGUAAUGGCUAUCAAAUUUGGAAUACUAAGUUGCAUUAUAUAGUAUAUUUAGGGAAAGUUCAUGGGAUGAUGAACAAGCUAGGAAACCAACAUACACAACGGUGUUGUUAAAAAAAAUGUAUUUUACUGUAAAACGUGCCAAAUUUGGCCAAAAAAUUUUAAUAUGGAAUGUUUUUGUAGUUA